CAACUGGGGCAGCCUUACCAUCCCAUUAUGGUGUUCUGGACAGCGGGCCUAUUAAGGCGUAUUUUAUCUCUCAUGUUCGGAUUCAUGAUCAUAGUCUUACUUUCUAGUCAAUGUCGUUGCUCCUAUUUAUACAGUAUCCCCAGAUAUCCUGCCGUCCGGGGAAAUGGAGUCCGCGUAUCUAUCGCUUAAAGCAGUUAACCCAUACAUUAGACGUCUAUCUGCCCGCGUAUCCAUUUCCGAAAGAUCAACAAUUAUUGUGACAAUGUCUUUAUCCGAACGUAUUAGGCCAGCACUCGAAAUCCGGGCUCAAACCCUCGAGCCAAGCGCGGUCCUGCCAAAGGACUGCUUGCUCCCGCGAAAUGUAAUGGGGGUUCCUCGCGCCAGUGGGCUGCUUUCAGACCGUGAGCUUGAAUUGACGGAGAAGUACGAUGCCACUGCGCUGGUGAAUAUGCUGGCUGAGGGGGUGGUUACCUCGGAAGCUCUCCUUUUGGCAUUCAGGAAGCGGGCUACCAUCGCUCAGCAAUGUACAAACUGCCUCACAGAACUAAUCCCGCAAGCAACAAACGACGCCCGAGCCUGCGACGAGUUCCUAGCAAACACCGGCAAGCCCAUGGGACCGCUCCAUGGGCUGCCAGUUUCCGUCAAGGAGCAGAUCUCUAUCGCUGGGCGACGCACUAACGUCGGGUUUGUUGCAAUGGUCGACAAUGUCACCAGCGAGGACGCCCAGAUCGUCACCUCGCUCAAGAGACUGGGUGCUGUGGUCUUUGCGCGCACGAACCAGCCGCAGUCGCUGAUGCAGCUGCAGACGAAUAACAAUAUCUACGGGGCCACUGUCAAUCCGAGGAAUACGUCUCUUACUGCGGGUGGCAGCACUGGCGGCGAGGCAGCGCUGAUGGCGAUGCAUGGGACGCCGCUGGGCAUUGGGGGGGAUAUCGGGGGAUCUAUCCGUGUGCCUGCUGCUUUGAAUGGAAUCUACGGCUUCUACCCCAGCGUCGGCCGAAUCAGCGGCGAAGGCGCCCUGGUCCCAUUGCCCGGCAACGAUUCCAUCCCAGGAACCCUAGGCCCCUUCACGCGCUCCCUCCGCGACAUCUCGCUCUUCUGCACGGCCUACUCUCUCACAAAUCCCUGGCUCGACGACCCCUCCCUCCUCCCCAUGCCUAUCCUCUCCCCCUCGCCAGCCCUCUCCCCAACUAACCCCCUCCGCAUCGGCAUCCUAACCACCGACAACGUAGUCACUCCCCUCCCACCCGUCCAGUGCGCCCUAAAACAAGUACAAGCCCGCCUCCACCACGCCCCAAACAUAGCCCUCGUCCCCUUCCAGCCCUACAAGCAUGACUACGCCUGGACCCUCAUCAGCGCAAACUACUUCGAAGACGGCGGCGCAGCCAUCAAAGAACUAUGCAAAACAGGCUCCGACCCCCUCCUCCCAGCAACAGAAUGGAUCCUCGCGCAGUGCAAACAAAGCAUAGACUCACUGUCCCUGCACACAAUACAAGCCCGCAAAGCCGCGCGGGACGCAUAUCGCGUUGCGUACGCAAAGCACUGGAACAAGGCUGCGGUUGAUGUGCUGAUUGCGCCUGUGACGCCUAGCACGGCGCCGAGGGUGGAUUCUAGGGUGCCGUACUGGGGGUAUACGGCUGUGUGGAACUUGUUGCAGUAUCCGGCGAUUGCAUUCCCUAUUGGUGGAUUUAAAAGUGGUCGUGGUGAUUUAUCGGAUUAUCAGCCGCGGAAUGAAAAGGAGGAAGGGAUUGCGAGGGAGUAUGUCGCUGAGGAGGCGGAGGGGAUGCCGGUGGGAUUGCAGAUUGUGGCGAGGAGACUGCAUGAGUCCGUUUUGGUGGAGGCAGCGCGUGUUAUUGAGGAUGCGAUGAGGUUAGAGAUAGGUUGUAGGUUGUAAUAUGGUAUACAUGUUAUAAUAAUAUAAUAAAAAAAAAAAACAUGAGGCUGGUCCGUCUCGAUCGGGCAACCUUGAGAUCUGGAGUCUCACGCGCUACCAAUUGCGCCACAGCCCCAAUGAGUGACACUUUUUUUCUGUUUUU